AUGGCCUUCUCUGUUCUCCACUUGCUUGCGCUGUACCUUAUCGUCCAACCAUUUUGUGUACCUGCUGCUCAAACUGCAAAUAUAAGCUUGGGGUUGUCCCUAAGUGCAUCAGACAACUCUCUUUCGUGGCAAUCUCCCUCCGGAGAAUUUGCGUUUGGGUUUCGCCGUAUUGGUGAUCAGGACCUCUUCUUGCUUGCCAUUUGGUAUGACAAGAUUCCAGAAAAGACUCUUGUUUGGUAUGCAAAUGGAGACAAUCCAGCAUCAAAAGGAUCCAAAGUGGAGCUCACAAAAGAUGGUUAUUUCAGGCUCACUGGCCCUCGGAAAGAGGAAAUCUGGCCGCAGCCUGUUAUUAGUGGAGUUGCUUAUGCUGCCAUGCUUGACUCAGGUAACUUUGUUCUAGCAAACCAGAAUUCAGCUCCUUUAUGGCAGAGCUUCAAAGACCCCAGAGACACCAUUUUACCAACCCGAGUGUUGGAAAUUGGAGAAACGCUAUCUUCUAGGCAGACUGCAAGCAACUACUCAAAGGGGAAGUUUCAACUCCAAUUUAAACCAGCCGGUAAUCUUGAGUUGUACCCCAUAGCCUUGCCUACGGAGUUUGAAUAUAAAGCUUACUACAAAAGCAAUACAUCUGAUGCAGCUGAUAAAUUGAAUUCUGGCUAUCAGCUAGCCUUCAAUGAGUCGGGUCAUAUCAACGUUGUUCUGCGGAAUGGAAAUAUAGUAACCCUCACAAACAAAACCGCAUCGCCAUCAAGAGAUUACUAUUACAGAGCAACACUAGAUUAUGAUGGGCUUUUUACCCUAUAUGCUUAUCCAAAAAAUGGGAGCGGGACAUCCUGGUCCUCUUUGUGGUCUAUCCCAGAAAACAUUUGCUUCGCCUUCGAUUCAACUGGAGAGGAGGGCGGCGGGCCAUGUGGAUAUAACAGUUACUGCAGACUUGAUGCAAACACAAGGCCAAUUUGUGAAUGCGUUCCUGGCUUUUCUGCUUUAGAUCCCCAAUAUAAGUUGCGCGGCUGCAAACAAAACAGGAUGCACAGUUGUGAACUAGGUGAUUCAAAGCCACAAGAUGUAUAUGUGAUGCAUGAGCUACCAAAUACUUUCUGGCCCUCUUCUUCAAACUUUGAAGUAUUGCAGCAACUCAAUGAAGAUGAUUGUAGCAGGUCUUGCCUCGAUGAUUGUAACUGUGUGGUAGCUGUUGUCAGAGCUGGGAGCUGCUGGAAGAAGAAACUGCCACUCUCCAAUGGAAGGCAGGACUGGAAUGAGUAUGGCAAGGCUCUCAUCAAAAUGCCAAAAUCUGAUGCUUUUGAGAAGCCUGCAUCUCGAGAUUCAAACACAGAAAAGAAAGAUCAGAAAACUCUCAUCUUAGUAGGAGCACUCCUUCUAGGUAGCUCUGUGUUUAUCAACUUCCUAUUGGUUGCAGCAAUUGCUUUGCUUGUUUUCUACACAUACCGAAAAACACAUAGGGUUAUCACUAGCACAUCCAGUAUCUUAGAAGCAAAUCUACGCGGUUUUACUUACAAAGAGCUCGAAGAAGCCACAGAUGGUUUCAGAGAAGAACUUGGAAGAGGGGCUUUUGGCACUGUGUAUAAGGGAGUCAUAUCAUCUCCAAGCUCAACAAACUAUGUGGCGAUCAAGAAGUUGGACAAGGUGGCACAACAAGGUGAAAAGGAAUUCAAAACAGAAGUGAGUGCAAUAGCCAAGACCCAUCAUAAAAACCUCGUCAGACUGCUUGGCAUGUGUGAUGAAGGGGCAAAUAGACUCCUAGUCUAUGAGUUUAUGAGCAAUGGAACACUAGCUAGCUUUCUGUUUGGGAUUUCAAGGCCUGAUUGGAACAAACGAAUCCAAAUUGCGCUUGGUAUUGCAAGAGGGCUCAUGUACUUGCACGACGAGUGUAGCACGCAGAUCAUCCACUGUGAUAUCAAACCCCACAACAUACUUCUCGAUGAUUCAUUCACAGCAAGGAUUUCGGAUUUCGGAUUGGCAAAGCUUCUGCUAAGUGAUCAAACUCUGACUCAUACAGUCAUUAGAGGGACCAGAGGGUAUGUUGCACCAGAAUGGUUCAGAAAUACUCCAGUUACUGCAAAGGUUGAUGUUUACAGUUACGGGGUGAUGCUGUUUGAGAUUAUCUGUUGCAGGAGGAGCCUCGAAAUGGAAAGGAAAAAUGAAGAAGAAAAGAUACUAACUGACUGGGUUUAUGAUUGCUACAAGCAGAGGAGAUUAAACAAGAUGAUCGGGGACGAUGAGGAGGCCAGAAAUGACAUGAAAAGGCUGGAGAGGCUAGUAAUGGUGGCAAUCUGGUGCAUACAAGAGGAUCCAUCUUUGAGACCCACAAUGAAGAAGGUUACACAAAUGCUCGAAGGAGUGGUUGAUGUAUCUGUACCUCCAAGUCCUUUCUCCUUUUAG